GAGCGCGGCGAUCACAGCGGCGAUCACAGCGGCAAUCACGCGAUCGGUGGUGCACCGCCAUCUGUUGGCGGUGGUGCUGGUGCAGCGGCUGCUGGUGGAGGGGGAGUUGCAGCUGGUGGAGGUGGCGGAGGAACCGGAAACGGAAGCGGAAACGGAAGUGCUGGCGGGGCAGACUGCAGCAGCGACGGCGAUCCCAAGAAGACCUUCUCGCUGCACUGCUGUUGCGUGAUCGUCGACAUCACACCAGUGGCGCAUCCAGGAGGACGCCUGACAUCGGCAACAACGGCCUCGGGAAGGGAUGCGGGUGGAGCCGCCGCUGGAGGAGGUGGUGGUUCCGGCGGUGGUGGCCUGGGCCUCGGUCUCGGCGAGAAUGUCUCCCAGCUGGCCAGCCAGCUGUUCCGCUUCGGCAGCAAAAAGCGCCCGGGCGUCUGCAUCUGCAAUGCCCAGUGCCGUCUGCAAUCGCUGGGCGAGACCGCAGCAGGUGGCCUGGCAGCCACCACCAUCAAGAGCCAUCAUGGCAGCCUGGACAGGCUGCUCCAGAAGAGCGAUGGAUCGACGGCAGCCGCCAGCGGUGAACGAUCGAUCAGCUGGGUGGUGGAUGGCGGGGCGGCCGGCUCGGGCGCCCUGCUAAAUGCCUCCUCCGACGAGAGUGAUGACAAGAAGAAGAAGACGGUCGAUGACGCUGCCGCCCAGCUGCCGCCACCGCCACGCCCCCCCUCGCGUACACAUGUCAAGCCCACGGCCAAGGAGGAGUUCGAUCGCGGCGUUGAGGUGGAGAAGUUCUAUCACCAGAUCAACGGCGACAUAUUCGAGAUCACACGCCGGGUAAGAGCUCGCGACGAGGAGACCAUGGAGCAGAAGUGCAUUAGGCGCAAGGGUUCGGUGCGGCUCACCGAACCGCCCACAGGCGCUGGCCACGCCCACGUCCGGAUUGAGCAGCGCCCACAGUUGCCACCGCGCAGGCAGAAGAGCGCCGAGGAAGUGGCCACCAUGCCUAGGAGUGCUCUGCGUCAGCCUGCCGAACAGCUGGAGUGGUUCGAUCGCCGUGCCCAGCAGCGUCAUUCCGCCCGGUCCGCCGAAGGUGGCUCCCAGGUGCGAGAGGAGACCAUGGAGUGGCUGAAGCUGCAGAAGACUGCCGCCAGUCCCAUUCAGCCAGUGCGCACCUCCUCGGGUCCCAGUGAGAUCACAGUGCUCAAGGACGAACUGCCCGACUGGCUGCUGGAUCAUUUGCCGCGUAAGAAGGAGCGCGAACGAGAUCGGGAUCGGGAUCGCCUGCCCUCGGACACGGACAAGGCAGUGGGUUCGGCCUAUGCCAAGGCCCUGUCGGAGCUGCUAAAGAAACCGCUGUCGCGCCAAAGUUCCGGACCCUGUGAGUUCUCGCUGCUGAAGACGGACAUCGUGGAGUGGCUGACCAAGAUGCAGGGCACCAGUGGGCAGGGCACCGAGCGGGGCAAGUCCCGUCGCUCGCACCAUCGCCGCAACGGGAGUGGGGGCGAUGCCCAGCCGCGUUCCAAUUCGCAGGAGGAUGCCCAGGAUCAGUCGAAGGCCAGCCAUCGGAAGAGGCACUCCCUGGGACACAGUGGAGCAGUCAGCGAGGAGGAGCAGCAGCAGCUCACCGCCGACUGGAUAGCCUAUCCGCUGCACAAGCUGCAGUCCCUGGGCAAGCAGCCGCCGCCAAGUCAGCCGCCGGACAGGGCCAAUGUUCCCAGUGGCUAUGCGGUGCCCAGUGCCCUGUCCCACACCCCGCUGUGCCAGCGGCGGGAGGAGCGUUCCCGGGAGCGAAGACUGCGUCACUCGGCCAGCGAGGUGGUGGGCAGUGGUGGAGCCACCGCCUCCGCCGCCGUCAACACCGCCCAUCUGGAGCGACUGUAUGCCAAGCCGCACAAGGACCGCUAUCAGUAUGUGCCGAAGGCCAGCAAGGAAGGGGGCGGGGGCGGGGCCGGGAGAAAGGAGCGCUCCCGACGCCACCAGACCCAAAGAUCCGCCACGGUCUCCGACAUGUCCGCCCAGCGUUCCGGUGGCCACAAGCGCAAGUCGUCGAGUGCCGAGCGGGCUCCGCGGUCGCCAUCGCCGGGCCCCUGCACGGAUCCCGACUGUCCACUACUGCCCAUCUGCACGGAUCCGCACUGCCGAUACCAGGAGUGCCAGGCGCGGCAGUGCAUCACCUCGUCCGUGAGCUCGGUGAAUCUGGCCAGGCAUCAGCAGUUGGCGCAGGUGCAGCUGCAUGCGGUCCCGGCCCAUUUGGUGAGUGCCAUGGGCUCCGAUGUGCCGACAACACCCUCGACAACGGCCACCCCACCACCGCCGCCGCCAGGGGGUGGCAUGCAAGGAUCAGGAUCGGGAGUGGGAACGCUCAGCGAACGCCGCCUGGUCAUCUGCCAUGACUGCCGGUCGUGUGCCCCGCUACUCAGCUGCCGGAAUCGCAAAUGCCUCAAUGCCGCCAAGUGCAACUCACUGCCUCGCUGUGCCGCCGACUUCAAUCGCCUGCGGACCCAACUGGCCCAGCCGCCCACCACACUGGAUGACAUUGAGCCGGCGCCCCUGGACGACCUGGAGAUGCAGCCACUGCCCUCGCCCCCCCAUCCGCAUCCGCACCAUCACUAUCGCAGCAAUUCCCAGCCAAACACGCUCCAGAGGGGCGAUUCCGCCAGUUCUGGAGGGGGAGCUGGCGUAAUAGUAAACGUAGGUCCAGGAGGAGGAGGUGGCCUAAGAGACCCCGGAUCAGGUCUGGCCUGGCUGGAGCCCAUAACCACACUAGUGCAACCACUGCCCGCCUAUGUGCACCAUUCGAACGGCAAGCUGAUGAAGUCCGCCUCGGCUGCCUCGCUCAACUCCCGUCGCCGGCGCCACAAAACCGUGCACUUCGGCGAGAACCUGCUGCGGGAGGUGUGCCAGAACCGGAAGCUCAUCAAGACGGAGGCUCAGGUGCCGUCCGGGUCGGCGCCCAUGAAGGCCAACAUCCAGAUGCUGUACAACUUCGUGGAGGGAGUGCUGAGCGCCUGGGUGGACGACGAUGAGGACCAGGUGCGUUCCGGCGCCGAAUCGGAGCCGGAACACGGAGUGGUGCCCAUGCAACCGAUCCAUAGAUGCAACCGCCUGCGAUACCAGUGCAUCCGGCGGGUGGUCGAGGAGGCCGCCGAUCUCCAAGGCACCCUCAAGCUGGGCAACUCCCGCUAUCGCCAUCGCCAUUGGCGCAGCACCGCCAAGCAGUGCAACGAAAUGUUCCUUCGCAAGAUUUCGGACGAUGAUCGAAUGAGCCUAACUACCGCCGUUUCGGAUGAAGAUGAUGGGGAAAGUGUCAUGGCGUCACCAUAUAAAGCAAAGGCCACUGGCACCGCUGCAUCCUCCUUCAACUGCACGGGCGCUGUUCGCAAAGCCGGCUUCCUAUCGGUAAAGAAAUGGUUACUACGCAAGAAGCACCAGAUCGAGCUGGCCAGAAAGCGGGGCUGGAAGGGCUACUGGGUGUGCCUGAAGGGCACCACGCUGCUCUUCUAUCCGUGCGACUCCCGCGAGGGCCGGAGUGUGGAGGCGGCGCCCAAGCACUUGAUUAUCGUGGAUGGUGCAAUUAUGCAACCAAUACCCGAGCAUCCCAAACGCGACUACAUCUUCUGUCUGAGCACGGCGUUCGGCGAUGCCUAUCUCUUCCAGGCGCCCUGUCAGGUGGAGCUUGAGAACUGGGUGAACAGCAUCCAUAGCGCCUGUGCCGCCGCCUUUGCCAGACAUCGCGGAAAAACGGGCACGCUGCACCUGCUUCAGGAGGAGAUCUUCCGGUUGGAGAAGGCCAUUGAGUCGGAUCACAAGCUGAAGCACAUGGCCGAGCUGCAGCAAUCGGUUGUCACCGAUCAGGAGACGCGUCAUCAGAUCCAGACGCAGAUACUGCAGUGGGAGGAGAACCUGGAGCGGCUGCACUGUGAGCAGUUCCGGCUGCGAUGCUACAUGGCCUCGCUGCAAAGUGGCGAGUUGCCCAAUCCGAAGUCGCUGCUGACUCACGUGUCGCGUCCCACGAAGAACACGCUGAACAAGCUGGGCGUGUUCACGGUCUCCUCGUUCCACGCCUUCAUCUGCGCCCGCUCGCCCUCGCUGCUCAACAACCUGCUCGCCGGACGCGGGGCCACCAAGCGCCGACCGCCGAUGCUGUCGCGGUCCAACAGCGGCUCCAGUCGUCGCUCCAUGCAGAUGAAUUCACGUGACGAACCGGAAAAAACUUUCAAAGUUGCAAUGCCCGACAAUGCUUACUCGACGGUUUAUCUACGUGAUGCCAUGUCUGUGGAGGAAUUCCUCGCCAGCGCCUGCGCCCGUCGCAACCUCAAUCCCAUGGAACACUUUGUGCGCGUCAAGAAGCGACGUGACAUGGAGGAUCACAAUUACUUUGUGCCGCAUCGCAACGAUCUGAUUGAAAAUUAUCUACAUAAUCACGAGUUCGUGGAGGUCUGCAUGAAGAUCCUGUACCAGGUGGAGCUGCAGCGCACCACCCUCGAGCAGAUGUGGGGCUUCUCCGUGGAGGCGGAGCUGAUCGAGAACGCCGAGCGCCAGGACGAGCUCUGCUGCUAUGUGAGUCGCGUAGAGGACAAGAGUGUGGCCAUGCACAAUGGCAUUAUCAAAGGAGACGAAAUAAUGGUCAUCAAUGGCGCAAUUGUGUCCGAUCUAGAUAUGAUGUACUUGGAGAGCGUCCUGCAGGAGGAACAAUCGCUCAGCAUGAUGAUGCGGUCUUCCCGCACGGAGCCACCAGAUCUUGUGGGGAUCAUGAGGGUCACGGACGAUAUGAUUGAUUCGCUGGUGUGCCCGCCGCCGCCCACAGAUCCGCCGGUGAUGAGCGAGGAGAUGAUAACUGGACUGAUUGUUCCGGCCCCGGGUUGGAAUGGCACUAGCAAGGAUUUGUACUCGCCGGAGGCGGAAAGCUCGCCGGCCACCUCCUUUGUGGAUCCUGCCGCAAUGGCCGCCCAGUUGGCGCUAAGCGGGGGCGUGGUCGUUGGCGGACUGGGCGUGGCCAAGCCCACAUCGCGUACGAGCAGCUUUGAGAUUGAGAAUCUCCUAAAGACCGCAGAGCAAGUUACCGGAUUUUGUCGUUCACCCCAGGAAACACGCAAAUCGAGCCCCACCGGCUCGGUCACCUCGUCGGUGUCGACCACGGCAUUAACCCCAUCGCGCCAACUGACCGAUGCGGAGAAGCUGCGCAAAGUCGUCAUGGAGCUGGUGGACACGGAACGCACUUAUGUGAAGCACUUGAACAAUCUUCUCGAGCACUAUCUGGAGCCCAUGAAACGCGAGACAUUCCUCUCCAAUGCCGAGAUCAACGCUCUAUUUGGCAACAUCCACGAGAUCGUCACAUUCCAGCGCCAGUUCCUGCAGAAUCUGGAGGAGUCCUUGGACCUAGAGCCGGAGUUCAACAAGUUCGAGCACUGCGGCCAGUUCAGGAAUGUGCUCUUUGCGAUUGGCUCGGCUUUCCUCUAUUACGUCAACCACUUCAAGCUGUAUUCCUCGUUCUGUGCCAGUCACAGCAAGGCGCAGAAAGUCCUGCAUCCAAACGAGGGCAAUCACGCCCUGCAGGAGUUCCUGGCCGCCCGGAAUCCCAAGCAGCAGCACAGCAGCACCCUGGAAUCGUAUCUGAUCAAGCCCAUUCAGCGCAUCCUCAAGUACCCAUUGCUCCUGCAGCAGAUGCGCAAUCUAACAGACACCCGGGCCGAUGAGCAUGUCCAUCUUUGUGAGGCACUCAAGGGCAUGGAGAAGGUGGCCGAGCACAUUAACGAGAUGCAGCGCAUCCACGAGGAGUACGGCGCCAUUUUCGAUCACCUGUUCCGGCAGCAUCAGAAGUCCUGCAAACAGCCCAUCGACUUGAGUCCAGGAGAUCUCUUGUACUAUGGAGGAGUGGAAUGGCUGAACAUUUCGGACUUCCUGGGCAAGAUCAAGAAGGGCCUGGAGCUGCAUGCCAUGUGCUUUGUGUUCAAGUCGGCAGUGGUGUUCCUCUGCAAGGAGCGGCUGCGUCAGAAGAAGAAGUUGAUGGGAGUGUCCAGCAAGAAUGCAACCAACGAGGUGGAGAUCAUUCGCUACCAGGUGCUAAUACCCGUGACCGAGGUGCAGGUGCGUGCCAGUUCGGCCAAGGACAUGGACUCGCACUUCCUAUGGGAGCUCAUCCACCUGCGCUCCCAGCUGCAGCGUCGAUCCGAGAAGGUCUACGUGCUGUCCAACAGCACCGCCGACUUCCGCAACGCCUUCCUGAAGACCAUUCGCCAGAUCAUCCGCGAGAGCGUCCGGAACAUGUCAAUUCCGAUGAAGAACUUCGGCGGCAGCUCCGGCUCCGUCUCCGGACACUCCUCGCAGGGCAUGGGCAGCAUGGGGUACGCGGGCAACUCGCAGACACUGGAACGACCCAAGCAGCAGAUCACCAUAGUUCAUGGCUCGCACACUCUGGGAAAACCGAAGAAGAAGUCCGGAUCGCAGCGCCACUCUGCUGGCAACAUUGACUACGACAAUUUGUCGGGCAGCCAGGAGGCGGACGACCUGCCGCCCAGUGUGGGCGUGGUUCAAUACGGCUCCGGCCACGCCCAUGUGCAGCAGAUGCUGCCAGCCGGCUUCCGAGGACGCAGCAAGACGGUGGGCGAUGUCGCGGAAAUCACCUGCUCUUCCCCAGAUCCCCAUCAGCAGCAACAGCAGCAGCAGCAGCAACAGCAACUGCAGAUGCCACAGCAAGGACAUGCCCAUGCCCACCCACAUCCCCAUCCACAUCCACAUCCGCAUCCGCGGGAGCCACCACCACCCCCGAUCCGGCAGCCACACCUGCACCACCACAGCUCGGACAUCGAGAGGAUCGAUCCUGGGACGAAGUCGGAAGGCGAGGAGGACUCGCAGCAGGGCACAAUCAGGCCCAAGGCCACACUGGGUCGAACGCCCAAUCACCUGACGCUGAGCACCACAUCGACGCUCUCGGUGGGCAGCACCGGCAGCCAGGCGCGCCUGAUACAGUCGUCGCAUCCUCCGGCCAGCUACCAGCCGGUGCUGAUGAAGGACCUAGGUAAGCCCAGCCCGGACGAGUCGGAGCUCGAGUCGGAGUCGGAGGCGCAUGCCGUCCAGGUGGCGGCCUCCUUUAACUUAAGUCUAGGCAGUAGUGGUAGCUUGUUCGCCUCCGAUCCCCGAGAGAGUCAAUCCCACACCCAUUCCCAGUCCCAGACCAAUUCCCAGUCCCAAUCCCUGCAUCCCUCACCGCGGCAGUCGCCGCGUCAAUCGCCGCGUCAGUCGCCCAAGCAGGAUAUCGAGGUAAUCGAGAUCUUCGAGAGCGAGGCGGAACGAAUGGCCGCCUCCCAGCAGGUGGCCGUCGUCCACCAGCAUCAGCAUCCGUUGCCAGCGGGCCAGGCCAGGGAUUCAGGGCAUAGACAGCGACGUGACCGUGACCGAAACCCGACCGAAACGGACGCCACGGCCCGGUUCAUGGACAAGCAUUUGAGCGAUCUGGAGCAGGAGAACCUGGCCGACGGCACCUGCGACAUUGUGGCCUACAUGGAGAGCCUGCGUGAGAAGGCCUUCGAUCCCCAGGAUCUGGCCGAGGAGGCGGGUGACCAGCAGCAGAAUGACUCCAGUCUCUCACCGGAGCCGCAGACCAUUGUGGAGAACACGCAGCAGACGGUGGUGGUGGACAUCGAGUCGCCUUCCAGGCCGGCCACCGAAUCGGACAGCACGGGCAACACCACAGGACCCUCGGAGCGAUCGGGUGACGAGACGGAGGAGGAGGCCACCACCAGUUCGCUGGCCUCGCACAUCGUGGUGAUCGACAAGAAGGUGGACAAGAUCUUCAAGGCCAAGUCCCCGGAGCGACCGGCUUCCACCAAGGUCAAAGGGGGCCGCCGGCAGAUAUACAUCUCCCCGGAUCGCUGCAAGUCCCAGGGCAGCUCUCCGGUGCGGAUCAUCAAGAUUAAGUCGCCGCGCACCAGUCUGAGUGACCAGGGCAAGCGCCUGAGUGUGUGCUCCUCGAGGGACACCUCGCAGGAUCGCCUCUCGGGCGGCAGAAGGACACCCAGCCCACGCCGCUCCUCCGAGGGCGGUGGCAUUCUGAAGCACCCCACUGGACCGGCUGCGGGCAUCCUCAAGCCACCGUCCAGUCCGGCCAAGUCCAAGAGUCCGGAUCGCAGUUGCUUGAAGAAGGGCGGCCCCUCGCAUGUGUGCAGCGUGGAGACCCUUUCGCCGCGAGUCUCGCCCAGGGGCAGCAUGGAUCACCUGUCGCCGGACAGGGGAAUGGCGAGCAGCUCCUGCCUGCGCCACUCGCCGCGCAGUAGCUUCGAUAGCCACGGCGAGUCGGAUCACAAUCUGGACGUGCCGCAUGGCAGCCGCAAGCGGAGCAUGUCCGCCCACGGAAGCUUCGAGACGGGCACGCGUCCCAGGGCCCAGGAGACCUAUCAGUACUAUCCGGUGUAUGACAACCAGACGUGCAGCGAUCACUAUGUGGCUGCCGCACCCACGGGACGAUAUGGUGGUGGUACUUCAAGUAGCCGCAGCAGGCUGAGCAAAUCCCUGGAGCGUUCGACAUCCAGGGACAGCACCACCACGAGCAGUUCGUAUGGCCACAGGGCCUAUGGGGUCUCGCCCGAACGCAACUAUGUGGUCUACAGCUCGGGACCACUGCGCUCGCAAUCCGCCGAGAAUACGUUCUCCUCGCAGCCCAUCUAUGAUCCCUUGCCCCGACAUCCGCCACAACCGCUGCACCAGCCACCAAUGCACCACCAACAACAGCAACAGCAGCAACAGCAACAGCAAUAUGUGAGCUAUGCCCAGGAAAUGGGAGGAUAUGGUGGCUGCCAGCAUGAUCCACAGGGAGGUGGCUAUCAGUUGAGCUCCUCGGCACCGGAGUACACCACGUGCAUCGAUUGCCUGUACCAGAAGAGACCCUCCUAGCAUAAGUCCCGCGUGCGGCAGAGUCGCACGCGGAAGAAAACGCCCCGUGGCAUGGUGGUGGUCAGUGCCCAGCCGACGGCCACCGGCGGCAUAGGAUUCGUGCCCGAGAUGGGCUCCGCCGAGGCACCCGGCGGCUGUGUGGACUGUCACGACUACUUCGAGAUCCAUGUCUAAGGAACUCCAUAACGAGAAACCAUUUGAAUCCAAUGAUUAACAGCCAAAAGCGUAACAACAACAACCCGAAAUGCCUCAAUAAAAACUAAUUUUAACCGAACUCAGCUCAGAUAUACGUAAACUCACGACGCAAACUAUACAAAAAAAGAAGGGUAGUAAACAAAACCCAACACGAACUUCCAACACAAGGGAUUGAAAUCAAAAAUACCUAGCCUACAGUAUAUACAAUCUACUAAAAUCCACAAGCAUAAGUAAUAGCAGCGCAAUAGAAGGCACUCUUAAAAUAGUGGCAGAGUGAUGAUGACGAUGAUUAUAAUACCCAUACCCGUAUUCGUUGUAUAAGUGUUAGCCGUAAGUCACCGAACCUGAGCGUAGUUAGCUCUUUUAGCGCAGCAAAUAUUUAGCUCAUACCGAAAAAUAAUCAAAGGAUGUGGGGGUAACUAGGACCCACGAUAAGUGAAAGGUUGCAUAAUGGGUGUGUGCCACCGUUUUCCAGUUAAUUAUUUAAGUUGCAGCCGCCGAGUUGAGCGAGAACAUUUCGCCGUGAUUUACACACUCCCCAUCACACACACAUACCGACACAUUAAAGAACAAAAUGGCGGAAGUUCCGCUCGCCUCGGGUGGCAAGUAGAAAUAUUACGUAUACGCCGCGUUGCACACACAAUACUCAAGUGCCGUAAUUACGAGGGCAAACAACAGAAAAGAGCAGUGGCAGCAGUAGCUGGAACAGCAACUAAAACUAAUGUUGAAAUUCAUACUCGCACUCAAGUAAACUACUAAGAGACAGGCAGACAAACAAAUGGCAAACUCAACUUGAAACAUGGAUGGGAAAAAUAAGACAGCCAGGAGCCAGGGUGAAAAUAAAAGAAAACUCCACGCCGGCACACGCCUCACAGGCAGGUAAAAAGUUAGUGACAAGUCGCUCACUAACUAUUGGCAGAGGUAGGAAAAGCAAAGGGGCGGGGGCAGGGGAAAACUGAGUCAUUUCCGCAAAUGAAAUCAAACAUUUUUAAUUACCCAUCUAUCUGGCGAAAAAUGGAUCUGCAACUAAAAAGCUGACUUUGGGUUGAGUGCCAAUAUUUCCAGGGGUUAACAUGACAUAUACCUAACAACAAAGUAUACCUAUCGAGGGAUUAUUUACAUAAAGGACAAAAGGAAAACUAGAAGAUAACAAACAUUAGUUAGUUAGAAAAUAUUGCCAAUUUGCACGUUUGUGCGAACGGGCAUCGGUGUGUGUACCAAUAAUGUUGUGACAAAUAAUUUGCAUAUAUGCAUAUGGUUUUUUGUAUGAUUUUUAUAGGUUUUUUAUAGAUAUAAACAAAUAUACAUGCAUAUACAAGUCGAUGGGCAAAUCAAAUGAAACAGUUUCCGCAUGGGUUUUCCACCAUUUCCGUUUCCCAUUUCAAUUAAAUCAGCAAAAUACAAUAAAUGGAAUACCGAUCAAAUGGCGAUGUAUUCAAAGAAUGAUAAUCGUAAGUCGUACCUCAAUGUUCAGUAAUGGGUAAUCAAAUUAUAUGUACACUUAGGUAGCUACGAAAAUACGCGUAUAUAGUAUACAUAACCAUCCUCCCUUUUAGCGGCGCGGGCUGGGAAUUUCCAUUCGAUUCCUUGGCCCAAGCCGCCGUACUCUCGACUAAAUAUAAAAAACAAAUUUCAGGUUGUUGUAACGAGAAUUCAAAGCAGAUUAAAAAACACAAACCAAAGGAAAACGUAGUCAAAAUAAAUAUGUUUAAGCUUCAAGAACGUUUACAGUUUACAGUUUACACUGGGCUUCACAGCAGCAAAAUCAAAACAAAAUACAAAAAACAAACAAA